AUGCACCGUCCCGGGGCUCGCCCAAGGAGAGCAGCAAUGAGGGGUGAAGGGCGAGGGGGGAGGGGCUGUGAGGAGCACGGUGAGCAGCGGGAGAGCGUCCUGGACCGGAUCUCAGGAACACGAGAUUCACGGAUGUAUCCUCUCUUCACAGCCAAGUGACUCUCUGGGGGCCAUUGCUGCCUGACUGGUUCUCUAUGGCAUCGCUGGAAGGGCACUACCAGGUAACGCUUUAUGGUUCCCAAAUGGCACCCUAUUCGAUAUGUAAUGCUUUUAAUUGAUUUUAUGUGAUUUUAAUGUGAAUUUUAAUGUGAUUUAGUGAUUUGCGUGUGGUUUUAAUGUGAGUUUAAUGUGAUUUUAAGUGAUUUUAUUGGAUUUUUAAUGUGAUGUUGUUAAUGUGUGAGUGUUAUUGUGAUUUUAAUGUGAUUUUAUGUGAUUUAUUGUGAUUUUAAUGUGGAUUUUAAUGUGAUUUUAUGGUGAUUUUAAUGUGAUUUUUAAAUGUGAUUUUAUUGUGAUUUAUUUGUUGAUUUAUGUGAUUUGAAAAAGGAUUAUAUAUUCUUAUUAUUUGUUAUUACAGUCCCCGGGGACAUGUCCCACUACAACUCUAUAACCAAUCAAACGCAGCAAUCAUGGCCAGGGGGUGGGCGUAAUAGUCCGGUGAAGGCCAUUCCUGCGUCGCUAUGCGAGAGAUGCGUACGUGGGGGCGUCCUCCAGGAGGAAUGUCAGGAAGUGUGGACAGGCACCACUGGUCAAUCAGUGGGCCGGUUUUCUUACAGGGGGAGGCGCCCCAGGCACUACAGACACUCCACUGUGUCCCCCAUCAACCAAUCAGAUGGAAGUCCUCAAGUCCAUAAUCAGACAACAGCACGUCCCCUGUCGGCCCAUGGAGACGGCCAGCGAGGCCGUCAGAGACGGCAGUGAGUAG